GAAUUCAGAAUCGAAAAAGGUGCGUGCUAAGCUACAUUUACAGACUGAAAAAAAUAUUAUAAUAAACCAUUUACUGAAAAUGGGGUUCCGUCGAUGCAAGACAAGCCGCUUAGGCAAGAUUCGUAAGAUCAAAAUAAGAAUCGACACCACACCGAAGGUGAAAGCAAUGCUUCACAUAUAUCUAAACGAAAUGGGCGGGAUGAACCAAGUGAAUCGGCUCUGCAAUGCCAUUGUUCAGGAGAAGGUCACUAUAACCAAACGCCAAUUGAUCGAAGAAGUUAAGCUGCGAAUGCUGCCACUGCUACCGGAAGAAAUCCGGGAGGAACUUAACAUGGAUAUAGUACAAGGAAGUGCUAAUAGAGUGUGUGGUAAUGAGGUUGCGAGUGGAGAAUGCCAUGGGAACGCCAAUCAGUCCACAGAUGAUGCCACCAAUGGAGUCAACAGAGGGGCAAACGGUGGAGUGAAGGACGAUGUUGACGAUGAAUUGGUCGACAAGUAAUCUACACUUAUAUAUCAGUACUCUCAUAUUCUGACACGCACUUGCACAGUGCCUUAAAUUCAAAGUAACAUUGUUCUAGUAUUGUGAUUAUUACAAAAUUAGAAACACGGCACCUCACACAGCAAGUGCAAUAUAAUUUGAGUUUCAAUAAAUUCGAUAUAUGUUAAUGUCUUA